AGCCUUGUCUCGGUACUUGGAGAUUGCCUCUGCAUGCUCCACCUCCUCGGCCCCUUUCACGACCAAGCGCUCUCCCUCCGUGAGAGCAAGGGAUCAAUGACUUGCACGGAAGUCCCGCCUCUACGGUACCAUGGCGCUGCCAUGCCCAUGGCCCUACUAUCCGUCGCCUCGCCUCUGUAUCCCUUUCCUUUACAAUCAGUAGAGAUGUCUCCGUGGCACUCCUCUGAGUCCACCUCCAUUCUAACUGAUGCUUGAUUUUGGGUAGCUAAGUCCCUUUGGACUCGUCGUCGCUUCCUCGCCCCUUUCGACCUCCUGCUUCAACACCUCUGUGUUCUCCAAGCAGUCUGUUUGGUCGAUGGAAAGACAGACUGCAACUCCCAUGCAUGGCCUCUGCCAUCACAUUGUAGGGUUUGCACCGAUUCUGUUCUCCUUAGCUUCCUUGGUAGCAACGUUCGCUUACUCGAUCUUGUCCUCUGACUUGUCGGGCUCCCUUAAGCGAAUAUGAGCUCUGGAGCAGUCCAACUCUCCAGCUGCUUCGAUCAUACCUCUGCAUGAUCAAGUCCCUCUCAUGGGACUCACUGGUACUUGCAUUCGAACUUUUCCCUUGGUGGAACCCAGCCCCCAUAUGCUGAUGACCAAGGUUUUCAUCCGAUGCAAAAUUCGGUGCACGCCCGGAAGACCCGCCUCUGCGGUACCAUGGCCUUCACUCCUUAAAUCCAUAGCCCUUCUUGCCGUCGUGUUGUUCACCAAAGCGGAGCUCCCAGUAGCUCCCGAUCAUACCUCCAUAUGAUCUAGUCCCUCCCGGGACUAUGUCGUGUGUGUCGCAUUGCCACAAACUGUUCCACCACGAUCCGCUGCACCAUGUCGCCUCUUGGUGACAUCUCCAUUGCAUUCUGAUCCUUGUGGAAUAAACUCGAAUUGUGAACCCUCCAUGUGUGGCCUCUGCCAAUACAUCGCAGGGUCUCCUCCACCUUCGAUUUUGUUCACUCCUUUGGCAAUCGACCUUCAUCCACCCACUCUUGGGUCACACCUAGAUGAAGCACCGCUCUAGGACAGUCCGUCGCCUAGUAGCUCCCGAAGUCCUCCGACUUCACUAUAACUUGUGCACCAUUGUCUGGAUCCUGGGCCUCUGCCCCUACCAGCACAAUCUCCGCUGCGCACUGCUUCCUUCAUGGCAACUUGAAUGGCAACACUGUGGCAUAUUCUUCAAGAGUACCCGCCUCUGCGUCCUCUUGCCCCGUGCUAAGGCCUUCUGAACCCAACUUCGCCUCCGCAAAUUAAGUCGCCUUAGUUCCUCCAUCAAAUGCUCCUCCGAGAUAAGGUGCAUGUGCCUAGAAGCUCCCUUCGUCUUUGGCACCAUGCAAGAUGAGUCCGCUCCGUCAGAAUGAAGGACCCAUGGAACAACAUGAUCCUACCCUUGCCUCUGCAAGAGCUCAUGUCUUUGACCUCUGUCUAAGGAAAGCACUAUGCUUCUGCUCCAUGUUCCAACUUCUCUAUUGGCUCCCUUCAGGCGGCUUGGGUACUUCGCCAAGUUACACCCAAGUUGCUUCGCUCCUCGUUUUUGCAUUGAGUCGAUGGUGGCCCUCGCGCCCACCAUUCCACGGGUCAGCCCUCCCUUGAGUCCGAUCUCCAUAUCGACUCCAAGUGUGCCUCCAUUUGAGUUGCUUUGGGUCGCUCCCCCACUUGAUCUCGCAAUGCAUCCACCAAUGCAUUCUCUCAAGCGAGAUCAUGCGACGACUCCUCGCCGCUUGCUCAGUCCAUCGAGCUUCGUGGAGUUGUUGUUUUGUUGAGGUACUCCUCCUCAACAUGUGCAGUCCGUCGCACAUGAUUCUCCCUCUGGAGAGCCGGGACUUAUCCCUCCUGGAUAACUAUCCCAUUUGAGCAACAUCUCUCUUCGUUUCGGAGACCACCAUCCCCAUGGACUACUCCGAUCUGCUGAACAAACUGUGCAUUGUUCUGCCUCCUGCAAACGCACUUGCUAGAUUGCACCUCUCCGUCAAUACAGUCCCCGCUGCACCCCUCAAGGCCUAGCAACAUGCUGAACUCGUUGCACACUUCAGCCUCCUCCGGACGUAUCCUUCGCAUGUUGAAGAGAAAGUUUCAAUGCUCCAUGGCGCCGAGUCUCGACCGCCUUGGGAUGGCCACGAACAAUCCAUCGUCCGCAUACAAGCCCAUGCAUGAGUACCGAAUUCUUCGAGUUAGCAAUUCCUCUCACCUCUGUGAGCUUUUGCACAACUCUUUCGGUCGCUGAGCAACUCAUUCCACUUUGCAUGGUCUCGUCCUUUUGCCAAGCGCCUCGCUUGCCUUGAGCACCAUCAAGUAAAGUUGUCAACGUUGAGCCGUAGCUCAAACUCAGCCAUCCCAACCUUUGUGCGCUCCGCAUUCUUCCAAGCUUGCCUGUUCCCGUGGUGCCUCUCGCGCGAAGGGUUGGCCAUUCCUCUGAAUGCCAAUGUUAGAUGCCCGCUCCUCUGAGCGACUCUUUUCCCUACAUCUCCAUGCCCGUUUUCCCUCAAACGGUCGCGCGUGUGCUGACUGCCCUCAACGCAGCCCCGCUAGGUCCCCCACGUUUGCAUGUCAAGUGUUUCUAUGAGUGCUUGUCCCGCUCUGAUACCAUAAUGUCACGACCUUAGCUGGUUUUGCCUAGGGCGUGCGGCACCCUCGCGCGUCCGUCCGCAAAGGUCAGCCUCCCCGAAGCCUCCCAUUGUCCCUUAGGACCAACAAAAGAGAGAACGGGUUAAAGAGAACGCCUCAAUCGGGAUCCACAAGCAAACAUGUCCGAAAAACACUUCAUAGACAAUGCGAAUUACAAACAGACUUUACAAGCUCUGAAUAGUUGCACAACAAAGGGUAAAAUGGUCCAUUACAGACCGAAAAGCUCUCGAACGUGUCCACAUGACACAACCUUUAUUUACAAGCCUAAAGAGGCCACCAACCCAACUAAAAUGGGACUAUUAAGCCUUCGGCCGCCCCUUUACAUUCUGUACAAGGCAUGAACAUGCCAAACGACAACGGACAGACAUAAGCAUUACAUCCAGCAUCUUGUUUAGAAGUUUGUCCGUUACAGUAUGGAAUCUUACUUCUAGAUGAUUGUGUAACUUAGAGAAGGCACUUGGUGGGGAUGUUAGGAUGUAUGAUGGAACUACUCUCAUUGUCAGUAUCUUCAACCAAAAGGGUGCAAAAUUCAUGAAGCAGCCUUACAACUUAAGGAGAUGGGUGGAAAUGGUAGCCUAACCAGAGGCGAAGAAGCUGCUGAUGCUAGCAAGGUAUCUGAUCAAUCAGCUGAAAGGAAAAAAAGUUUGGUGGACUGGAUGAACUUGAUUAAACCUGCUAAUGGGGAGAAAGAUCACUGGGUUCUGGAUGAAGCUGUUAGCAAAUGCACAUCAUGUGGAUCAGAUUUUGGAGCUUUCAAUCGUAGGCAUCAUUGUAGGAAUUGUGACGAUAUUUUAUGCGACAAGUGCACAAAGGGUAGAAUUGCUCUCACUGCAGAAGAAAAUGCUCAGCAAGUCCGAGUUUGUGAUAGAUGCAUGGCAGAAGUUUCUCAAAGGUUAAGCAAUGCAAAAGAAGCUGUCAGCAAACCUGUCGGUCUGCAAAGUCAUGAAGAUCUUGUGCGAAGGCUUCAGGAGGAAUUGAACAAGAAUCAUAAGUUGGGUUCAAAUUCUGAUGAGUCUUGGAAGCCAAUGAGGGAAGUAGCAUGUCCCAUCUGCACAGUCCACCUUCAGGUGCAAGUUUCUGCCUCAGGCUCCCAAACAAUCGAAUGUGGUGUCUGUCAACACCCUUUCUUGGUUGAUGCAGGUCGAGUCAGCCACAGCCCCACAUCGAGUCAAUAAACCGUGGCCGGUUUCAGGUUACAGCAAGAAAUCCAUGCCCGGUGCUUUUCAGACAUGUAUUAUGGUUCAUCAUCAUAAGUCUGAAUGUACUGGAUCAAUCAGCAGAGUUAAUGGACAACCAUUAGAGGUUUCACGGAAACAAGGACUUCAUUGGGGAAGUUCUUUCUUUCCUUUCUCGGCCUUACCCUCGGUCAAAUGCAAUCAGAUUAUGCAAGGUAGAAAUGGCUGCCACGGUAAGAGGCUUUGGUCACUACAAAAUUUUGGGAAUUCAAAUGUAUGCAGCUGUCUCUCCCUGUGCAGUAAGAUUUUUUUCCUAUUAUUAAAGUCCUUGGUGCUUAUUUGCUACCUUCACCUUCCUGCACAACAAAAAUGGUCUAUAGAUUGGAGGAACGCCAUUGUGGACCUUCUAUAUUGGUUUGGUAUGAAGCCCCCAUUCAGCACAUAGGCUGGCCUUUCCAUGCUAGUUGGUAGAUAUCAUGUGUCAAGGUUGGCAACCUUCUUUCCAAAAUCUUUGCAUCAAAAUGCAAGUGCAGCCAAAAGAAGCAAAUGGCAGACCCUGUUGAAAAUAUCAUAUGUUCGUUGCUGCUAAAUCAGUGGUCUGAUUUAGCCUUGAGAUUGUUAUUUAAGUUGUUGAAUCAGACCUCCAAUGGAAUCUGUUCAUGGGAAGAAUUCAUUUGUAAAAAGUACAAAAAUCAAAACCAAAGCAUAGCACAAUCUACACUUUGGCGGGCUUCAUGUAUUGACUCAACCAUGAUUAGUUGACUUUGUUGAAAAGCUAGGAAUAGAUCUAAUUUUUAAAUUAUGGUAAAAAAAAGUUAAAAUGUUGCCAGGUAUAGAUGUCAGAUUUGAAGUUGGGGGAAGUAGUCCUAUUGUACCUUUUAAAAAAUAAGCUCAUGGUGACAUCUAUAUGAGUGGAAUAUUGACCAAUACAUAUGUAGAAUUUCACAUUGUUUCUAAGAAAGAGUAGGGUUUGAUGUCUCCUCUAAUGCUGUGUUACCUUUGCUUGGAAUUGGUGUUCCAAAAUCAUUGCCAAUAGGUUUUGUGUCUUUUCUUAUAUUUGUGGCAUUUCUCUACUGUAUUAUCAGUUUAGUGUAUUUUUUGCAUGAGAUAAAGAUACUUAUGUAGGUCAUUAGAAUCCAAAAACAAAGCAAAAAAAUCCUGGAUCCUUUUCUUAUAUACAUGUGUUCUGUUGCAUCUUUCUGGUGUGUCCUUGCAUGUGAUAACAUAUGGUUCUAUAGUUUAUUAUACUCUAAAAUAAUUAAGUGCUACUUAUGAUUAUGGAUAUAUAUGAUUAUAUUUUAGGAUUAUUUAGAUACUGCAGAAUUCAGAUCAUAUCUACAACCUCCUAAAGUACAAAUGGAAGUUAUCUUAACGAAUUACAUUUUCAUAUUCUGGAAUGUACAUUUCUGCAUGCAUAGACCUUAAGAUAUCGACUUAAUCCAGUUUGGUACAGUAUAAUAUUUUUUUAUGAUUGUAUUAUGCUUCAAUCUGCUGAUCACAAUAACUUAAAUAACAUUCUUUUGAUCGAUGUACUUCAGGAUGCAGAGAUUGUUUGGAACAUGCCAAAUACAACACUAGCAAUGAUGUGGAGUAUCUGAAAACAUAAAAAUAUUUGUGAGGCAGUUGCUCUACAAUCCUAGAUUUCUAUCUGCAUAUCCCACAGCUUUUGUUGAAGCAAAGCUCUGUCAAGUUGAACAACAGCGUGAGCUGAAUUAGCAGAUUCAAAAACAGCCCUGAAACUUUAUGUUCACAUUGUGAGCUUGAUUGUUUUUCUAAUUGUGUGGAUGUGCCUGUUAAAUUUAUGAAAUUUGUGUCCAUGUUGUAGUGUAGUGAUGGCCUAUGUAGGAUGUGAGAAAUGUCGACUGUGGGAAAAUCUUCAAACUCAAGGUUUAGUUCUCGUCUCCAUUUAUAGUCUAAAACUAUUUAUACUAGCCUUUGUCAAGAUUUCAUAUAUUCA